AUGACUGAUGAAGCCCCCCAAGACGCCAUCUUCCAACUUGCAACACGCAUCUCUUUUCCUCUCUGUAAGCAAACGCAACGACCAUGGCUGCCGAGGAGCCGGCGAAGCUGCUGCUUCCGUACCUGCAACGAGCCGAUGAGCUCCAGAAACAUGACCAUCUAGUCGCUUACUACUGUCGAUUGUAUGCGAUGGAGCGUGGUUUGAAGAUACCCAACAGCGAAAGAACCAAAACCACCAAUGCCCUUCUUGCCUCUCUCAUGAAUCAGCUUGAAAAGGAUAAGAAGUCGCUUAAAUUAGGACCUGAAGAUAAUCUGCACCUGGAGGGAUUUGCCUUGAAUGUCUUUGCAAAGGCAGACAAGCAAGAUCGUGCUGGGAAAGCAGACUUGAAUACAGCAAAAACAUUUUAUGCUGCAAGUAUUUUCUUUGAGAUUCUAAACCAGUUUGGUCCCAUUCAGCCUGAUCUUGAGCAGAAACAGAAGUAUGCUGCCUGGAAAGCUGCUGAUAUAAGCAAAGCUAUAAAGGAAGGAAGGAAACCCAUUCCAGGCCCUCCUGCUGGUGAUGAUGAUUUAUCAGUUCUAACAAGUCCGCCUAGUGCUUCAUAUGAUCUUGGACCAAGUGAACCUGCUGUUACAAGUGCUGGGCCAGAAUCUGAUCAAAUCCCUCAGUUCCAAGACGGUGUUCAUAGCCAGUAUCAUGCUAACACUCCAGCUGCACAUCAGUUCCAUGAUAAGGUUGACAGACAGCAUUCUAUGAACAUCCCCCCAUCAACUCAUUCUUAUCCAUCUGCCAGUUACCCCUCACAUGAUUCUUAUCCACCUCCUGCAGCAAAUCAAUCAGAAAUUUCUGCAUAUCCUCAGCCGUACCAUCAUCAACCUUACCCACAAGAACCUCAACAGCACUUGCCUCAUAACUACCCAUCCCACGAACCUCCCUCUUACUCUUACCCCAAUUUCCAGUCCUAUCCAAGUUUCACUGAGAGUAGUCUGCCAGCUGUGCCAUCUCAUUAUCCUUCUUAUUAUCAAGGCUCUGAAACUUCCUACUCUUCUCCUGCCCAGUCAGCUCCUCCUACAGCAAGCUACCCCUCAAAUUCCCAAUACUCUACAAGUGGCAGAAAUGGGUCAGUCUCAGAUCCUGCAGGACCUGCACCUACUCCAGUUCAGAAAUACCAAUAUGACAGCAGUCACCAGCCAGCACCUGAAAAGAUUGCUGAGGCACACAAGGCUGCUAGGUUUGCGGUUGGAGCAUUGGCCUUUGAUGAUGUAUCAGUUGCUGUUGACCACUUAAAAAAAUCGCUUGAAUUGCUGACCAAUCCAUCAGCUGGUCAGUAAGUUUCUUUUUGCUUGAGCUGGGGCCUGUUUGGAUGACCUUUCUUCAAACUCAUGGUUUGAUUUGUAAAUUUUAGCGGAUAUUUGCACAGAAAAGAUUAUGUCUUGCUAUCUUCAACACAUUGUGAAUGAGAAAUUGAUAUUUUUUUCAUAGAUUCUGAGGCUUGGAAUCUCUUUUGCUUUAGUUUUAAUGGGGAUUAUUCAAGUUUGGUCUUUUCGUUUGUUUUUUCUUCUUGUUUUUUUGUGAUGAAACAUGUAUAAUGCCUAUAAUUCAAAGCCUUGUUCUAAUAAAACAAAACACUACUU